UCAACAGAUAUAAGUGAGCCAUGGAUCGGAAGUUCAUUCUCCCUAAAGCUGCCGUCCUCGUCAUGUUUCUGUCAUGCGUAAUGAGCUUUACGAUACGAAAGCGGUCCUCCCAGAGCCCCUCGGAACUUACCAAAGCCCUCAAAGUAUUGCAGCGUCAACGGCGACGAGUAGAUAUGAGCGAGUACCUUCGGAACAACCUCGAUGCUAUGCAAGACUCAUUUGACCCGUACGAGGAGUAUGGAGCAUUAGAUGGCAGGUACAGUCUUGAGGAUCUCCUACCAGCCUAUCAGCAAUACCUCGAGGAGCUCGAACAGGACGGAGAGCAGGAAAUGCCGAAUGGAACACCCUCGAUUGAUGAAUUAAAAAGCCUUUUUGGAACGUCAGGAAAGGAACAUAAUUCCGUACUAGAAGAAGCUAUCAAAGUUAAAGAUGAUAGUCACUCCGCUAAUAGAAAAAUUACGAAAUCACAAAUGGAAAAAUUAUUAAAUCAAGUGAAAGAUGAGGAGACGCAAGAAACAGAGGAAACAAUGAAAUCUGAGACACCUUCUAUAAUUGAGGAGACUGGUAACAAAGAUCCGUCAGAGGUCGCGCCUAAACCGGAAGUAGUAACUAAAGAGGAACUGAAGGACUUGUUUGGGGGAGAUGAAUCACCAGAAGCGACGAACGAUACACCGUCGGAUUCUGAAGAUAGCCAGGAGGGGGUAAAUAGUUCAACUGGUGAGGAAAUGGUACCGCAGAUUAACUCGUUCCCUGCCGAAAAGAAGAAGAAAGUAGCAAAGCGAGACAAUGGAGAGACAUUGAGAUCGGAAGAAGCUGAUUUGCAUAACGAGAUUGCUCUUCUUCAUUUGAUGGAAGGAAUCGAAGAUCAGGAAAUCGACAACCUUGCCUCGGCUCUCAAGGAAGCUACUAUGUCACAAAUGGAGGGGACAGAUUCUUAUCUCAGACCUGAGUACAAAGACAUAGAAAAGGCGAUCAGAAACGAGGAAAUUCUUCAGGAACUUAAAUCAAAUCCAUCAAUUGCACUACAAAUAGCUUCACUGGCGCAACUGGCAGAGGAAAAUGGACUGGAUCAAGAGGAGGAGGAUGAAGAGGAAGAUAUCGACGACGAUAGCAACGAUGUAAUUGAUAAACGAACCGAAAUUGAAUCCAACGUUGACGACGAAAAACCUACAUAUGAAGAUGGAAUGGGAAGAUGGUACGAACAUCCACUGCCAACUGACGAGGACGAAAUUGAUGAAAAAG